AUGUCUGAUGGGUGGACUGAUAAGAAAAGACGUUCAAUUUGUAACUUUCUAGUGAAUAGUCCUAAAGGGACCGUAUUUCUUUAUUCAUUGGAUACAUCAGAUAUCUCAAAAACUGCAGAUAAAGUGUUUAAGAUGUUGGAUGAUGUAGUGGAAUUUGUUGGAGAGGAGAAUGUAGUUCAAGUGGUUACCGAUAAUGCUACAAAUUUCAAGGCAGCUGGGGACUUAUUGAUGAAAAAACGGGAGCAUUUGUAUUGGACUCCAUGUGUUACCCAUUGCAUUGAUUUGAUCUUUGAAGAUUUUGAGAAACAUUUAAAGGUCUAUCAAAUUACUAUCAAGAAGGGGAGAAGAAUCACUACCUACAUUUAUGGUAGAGCAAUGCUAAUUAGCAUGCUGAAGAAGUUCACCAAAGGUAGAGACUUGAUAAGUCCAGAAAGGAGAAAAAUUGAGCAUGUGGUAUUAGAUAGCCGAUUUUGGAAGAAUGUAACCACUUGUCUCAAAGUUGCUACUCCUUUGAUGGUGGUCAUUCGACUAGUGGAUUCAGAUGUAAAACCCGCAAUGGGUUUCAUUUAUGAAGAAAUGGAUUCUGCAAAAGAGAAGAUCAAAUUUAACUUCAAUAAUAUUAAGAAAAGUUAUGAACCGAUUUGGAACAUAAUUGAUGAGAGGUGGAAUAAUCAACUUCAUAGACCUUUGCAUGCGGCUGCAUAUUACCUUAACCCUCACAUGCACUAUGAACCUAAUUUUAGAAAUGAUGAUGUUGAGGUAAAGGAAGGGUUGUAUGAAUGCAUGAAAAGAUUGGUCAAGGAUGUUGUAGAAAGGAAAAAAAUUAAUUUGCCGCUUAUAGAGUUUCAUUUUACAAAAGGACUUUUCUCAAUGGAAAAUGCAAAAGAUUGUAGGAAAGUUAUGCUUCCUGGAGAAUGGUGGGAGAUGUUUGGAGAUGGAACUCCAGAGUUGAAGCGAUUUGCCAUUCGAGUUUUGAACUUAACUUGCAGUUCUUCUGGGUGUGAGCGUAAUUGGAGCUCAUUUGAAAUGCUCAAAAGUAAACAAAUUAGGAAAAUAGUUGCUCUCUCAUUUGAUGAUAUUGAGUCUGAUGAUGAAUGGAUAACAAAAGAUGGAGAUAAUGUUAGGUUUGAGCUUGUUCAAGGUGAAGGUGACGAGGGAAAUGUUGACAUAGUUGGGCCAAGUUCAGUUGAUCCUACUUUAGAAGCAUUUGAUCUUGAUAAUAUAGUUUUUGAUGCCAAUGUUGAUGAUGCACACUUAUCAUAUGAUGAAGAGCUUGAUGGUGAUGGAGAAGAUGAUGUUGGAGAUGAUAUAAUUAGAGGAUUGGAGCCAGAAAUUUGA